AUGCUUUUUCGCUUCCGCUUUCCCCGCUACCAAUAUGCGUGCUUAUCUCUGAAGGGAGAACUACAGUUUCUUGCUUUGGGAAGCAGAGACUAUCUUCGUAGCGAGGAAACUCGUGGACGCGAAACCCCAAGUACCGGCAGUCUCAAUACCAAACACCCACAUGUACUUGUUCUUACACAAGUUUGCGUGUACGAGCAAGCGGACCAAGACCAUGACGAUGUAACAGUGGCACCGUCGACGAAUCUGCCUUGCUCGAUCUAG